CCACGAAGGCGCAAGGGAGGGCACAAGGGAGGCUGGGAAGGUGUUGCAAUCCCUAGCCCUGGGGCCUGCCGGAGGCUGAGCCAUUAACGACAGGGCUGGGGACAGACACCAGACUGCAGCCUGUUUCAGGAACUUGCCUUGAAGAGGAGAGGAGAGAACGGGAGGCCAGGCAGGUGCCUGCCCAGAGCUCCAGUAUGGGGAAACCGAGGCCUGGAAAGGUGAAGUAGCUUGUCCAAAGUCACGAAGCUGCCCACUUUUUUCUCUAGCCAUCGCGGAGGCACCAGCUUCCUGCGUGAGUCCCCUGCCAGCCCUUUGCCUCGGCUGCUCUGCGGAGCUCUCCCUGUCCUCCAAGGAGUGUCUCUGACAUUCUCGGCAUGGCCUGCCCAGGAGAGCCUGCCUGGCACUCAUGCACGUACAGCCUGGACGUGCCAGGGAGAGAUCUAUUUUCCCUUGGGUGGACAGUUCUGAGGAAUGUUCUACAUGACUCACUGGAAGGCUCCAGCAGGAUAGAGCCCAAGUCAUUCAUCGAGGUGAGCAUCAAGUUGGCACUAUGGCAAGGCUGGGAGGCUGCAGCCUGAUUAGAGCUGCCCUGAUCACCCUGCUGCUCCCCAGAAGCCUGGAGGAGUGCGGGCACAUCAGCCUCUCCACCCCGAUCGUCCGCCUGGGGGAUUCCGUCACUGCCUCCUGUGUCAUCAACCAGAAUUGCAGCCGCCUGGGCCUGGAUGCACAGAUUCUGUGGAAACUGGGACCAGAGCUUCAACCUGGGGGGAGGCAGCAGCGCCUGCCUGAUGGGACCCAGGAAUCUACCAUCACCCUGCCCCACUUCAACCAUACUCAGGCCUUUCUCUCCUGCUGCCUGAACUGGAGCAACAGCCUGCAGAUCCUGGACCAGGUUGAGCUGCGAGCAGGGUACCCCCCCGCCAUACCCCACAACCUGUCCUGCCUCAUGAACCUCACAACAUACAGCCUCACCUGCCAGUGGGAGCCAGGACCAGAGACCCACCUGCCCACCAGCUUCACCCUAAAGAGCUUCCAGAGCUGUCAGAACCAGAAGGACCCCAUCCCGGACUGUGUGGCUGAAGACGGACAGAGCCACUGCUCCAUCCUACGCAAACACCUGAUCUUGUACCAGAACAUGGGCAUCUGGGUGCAGGCAGAGAAUGCACUGGGGACCAGCACGUCCCCGCAGCUAUGCCUCGAUCCCAUGGAUGUUGUAAAACUGGAGCCCCCCAUGCUGUGGACCGUGGGCCCCAGCCAUGCGGCGGCCCCGGCCCAGCCAGGCUGCCUGCUGCUGCACUGGGAGCCCUGGAAGCCCAGCCUGCACAUGAGCCAGAAGUGUGAGCUGCGCCACCAGCCGCAGCUGGGAGGCGCCAACUGGACGCUGGAGGGCCCCCUGCCCACCAAGACCCUUCAGUACGAGCUCUGCGGGCUCCUCCCGGCCACAGCCUACACCCUGCAGAUGCGCUGCAUUCGCUGGCCCCUGCCUGGCCACUGGAGCAACUGGAGCCCCAGCCUGAAGCUGAGAACCGCUGAACAGGUCCCCAUUGUCAGACUGCGCACGUGGUCACGGCAGAGGCCACUGGACAACAGGACAGUGGACGUGCAGCUGUUCUGGAAGCCAAUGCCCCUGGAGGAAAACAGCGGCCAGAUCCAAGGGUACCUGGUCUCCUGGAGACCCUCGGGCCAGGCUGGGGCAGUCCUGCCCCUCUGCAACACCACGGCGCUAAGCUGCACCUUCCGCCUGCCUUCGGGAGCCCAGGAGGUGGCCCUUGUGGCCUAUAACUCAGCCGGGACCUCUCAUCCCAGCCCAGUGGUCUUCUUGAACAGCACAGGCCCACCCCUAACCAGACUCUACACCAUGGCCCAAGACCCUCACGGCCUCUGGGUGGGCUGGGAGUGCCCCAACCCCCAGCCUGAAGGCUAUGUGAUUGAGUGGGACCUGAGUCCCCCCAGCCCCAGGGACGGCAACAAAACCUGGAGGAUGGAGUAUAAUGGAAGCAUCACAGGGACUCUGCUGAGAGAGAACAUCAGGCCCUUUCAGCUCUACAAGAUCUCUGUGACUCCCCUAUACAAGGACGCCAUGGGACCCACUGGGCACAUCUAUGCCUACUCCCAAGAGAUGGCCCCGUCCCGAGCCCCAGAGCUGCAUCUAAAGCACGUCGGCAAGACCUGGGCACAGCUGGAGUGGGUGCCCGAGCCCCCUGAGCUGGGGAAGAGCCCCCUUACCCACUAUACCAUCUUCUGGACCAACGCUCAGAACCAGUCCUUCUCCACCAUCCUGAACGCCUCCUCCCGUGGCUUUGUCCUCCAUGGCCUGGAGCCGGGCAGUUUGUAUCACGUCCACCUCAUGGCCACCAGCCAGGCCUGGGCCACCAACAGUACAGGCCUCACCCUGAUGACCUUGCCCUUAGAGGGGUCUGAGCUACCCAUCCUCCUGGGCCUGUUCGCUCUCCUGUUCACGGUCAUCUGCUUCUGUGGGACUGCCUGGCUCUGCUGCAAACCCAGCAGAAAGAAUUCCCUCUGGCCAAGUGUCCCAGACCCAGCCCACAGCAGCCUGGGCUCCUGGGCACCCACCACCAUGGAGGAGGAGACCUUCCAGCUGCCCAGCCUUCGGGACCCUGGCAUGCCACCCAUCACCAAGAUCACAGUGCUAGAGGAGGAAGAGAAGAAGCUGGGGCCCUGGGAGUCCAGUGACAGCUCAGAGACCUGCCUCCCCACCCUGGUCCAGACCUAUGUGCUCCAAGGGGACCCAAAAGCAGCUUCUACCCAGCCACAGGCCGAAUCUAGCACCAGCGACCCGGUCCUUUACGGGCAGGUGCUGGGCAGCCCCACAGGCCCAGGGCACUACCUCCGCUAUGACUCUACUCAGCCCCUUUUGGGGGGCCUCACUCCCAGCCCCAAGUGUUAUGAGAACCUCUGGUUCCAGACCAGCCCCUUGAGGUCCCCUGUACCCUCAGACCCAAGCCAGGAGGAUGACUGUGUCUUUGGGCCACUGCUAGACUUCCCCCUCCUGCAGGGGCUCCAGGUCCAUGGGGUAGAGGGACUAGGGGGCUUCUAGGACUUCCUGGGACUCCCCACCUGGGCCUGCCUCUUGAAAGGCCUGAGCUAUCCAGAGGAGAGGAGAGGGUCAGUAAGCCCAUCACUGAAAACUACCCCAGCUACAGGAAAGGCAGAGGUUCCCUGUCUCUCCCAAUCUCCAGUCCCCAGUAUCCCUCCCUGUCCCACCACUCUCCAUAGGAUGGGCCUCCCAGGCAACCUGCAUACUUUGAGACUCAGACAAUGUUCUGUCCAGCACCACCCACUGGCCUUUUGUGCUUGUUUCCAAUAAUUUCAGUCUCUUAAACUGGUUUUUGGUUUGUG